CCCCGCAGGCACUCGACCUGGUGACUUACAUGGCGACUUCAGUCAUUACCUGCAAAUCGUUAGCUCACUGCCUCGCCGCCAAGGCAGCCAGAGAGCGCAGUUUGCCUGAGCCUACCCAUGGUCUGCUUCAGGAAGCCGAAGGCGUCGUUCAAUGCCUCGACGCCAACGAUCGCCGUGGCAUCGUCCUUGAGGCCGAAUUCCGACGCAAAUCCGGCCGUCCUGAGGGCGAGACUUAUUUCCUUCGACCUGGUUGUCGCUCGGAUUAUCAAGCUCCCGCCAGCGGUUCGCCUUUUGGUACACUAAAGCAAGAAUUUGUCAUUCUACUCGAUCAGCUUCCUGCAUACACGGGCCAAGACACGAAAGGGUUUGCAAAGGCUGCUGAUGAUGAGUUGGAAUCGACGUUUAACCUUGGUCUUACCGAUAAACAGAAGCAGGCGCGCGAGGGCAUUGUUCUUCCCUACUUUGAUGCUCAGAAGGGUGAGGGUGGUGAGGGUGGUCGUAUUCUAUACGACAUGGGCUCUGAGGAUGACUUUGAUGAGGAAGAAGAUGAAAUUUAAGCAACUUGGUCUUUUUUUAUUUUGAAUGCCGCGGGUCAUGCGAUUCACGAGAGCAUCUUAGAUACCCUGCAUGGUAUGGCGUUAUGGAAUAGAAGAGUAAUACUACCUGUUUAUAGAC